AUGUCGCACGGAGAGGAUGGAUCUACACCUUCACAUCAUUCCGUAUCAAGGAGCCGGGAAUCCAUAAGAAAUUCACAUCAAACCCAUGUGCAAGUUGAGAGUGGCGUUCCAUCCCCAUCCGGUAUGGAAGGUCGUGUGGCUAAUGCGAUGAAUGAAAUACUCGUCGCUACCAAUUCAGAACAGUCUCCCGAUGCUGUGCCUUCUACACAAGCCGUCAAACAACGCCAUACAAGAGCUAAUCACAAUGAGCACGAGAUGCCUAACAUCGAGGCGACACCA